AUGCAGACUGGUGUGACUGCUCGAGGUGCUUUUGGUCUGCACCGUCCACAGCUACUGAGCAGGGUAGCUAGGCCUGAGCUGUCACAACGAAAACACGUUGCGAAUUGUAAAACCUACAGUAGAUGUGCAAAGUCAAGCAGGAUCUGUGCCAGCAGCGAGAAUUCACGACAAGACGCUGUCCUGACAGCGAGCACAUCAAGCGUCGCUCUGUGGCUUCUUAGUGCACUCCCAGCGCUUGCCGAGGAUACAGUGGACUUUUCGAAGGGAGGAUUUGCUAAGGAGAGCUACUAUGUGACGCUAGGACUUUUCCUCAUAUCAUUGCCUGGGCUCUGGUCUCAGAUCAAGAGAGCGCCGAAGGCAAAGAAAGUGAGGAAAACUUUUGAAGUGCCCGGCCCUGGCAACCCAGAUGCCAUGCCCUUGGAUCAGAGAGCGCGCCAGGUCUUCCAGUAUUUCAAGAAGUACAACUAUGAUAUAGCCCAAACAGGGGACGUCAUCAAGUUCUCAGGGACUUACCAGGCCAGCCGUGGCCAAGCUGCCGCUCUCAUCUUCUAUGUCUUCUGUGGACUGGCAAGCACAGCCUUGGUACUCAGCAUAGCAGCUCCAUUCGGAGGCAGCAACUGGUAUUACCUGACGCUGCUCAGUCCGCUCUCAGGCUUGUACUACUGGCAGCGAGGCACAAGGGUCGAAGAAGUCCAGGUGAAGAUGGUAACAGCUGAUGAUGAUUCAGUCACAGACAUUCUCUGUGAAGGGCCAGAAGAGGAGAUGAUGAGGUUGAGCAAAGAGCUUGGGCUCAAUGAGAAGGGUAAGGAGCUUGUCAAGGGACUUUUGGAGAGGUGAAAAAGAGAGCCGGCAAAAUGCCUUGUGUUCAAUGUUUGUCCGGCAGCACAGGGACACUGUCUGUGACAUUUUGACAGAGAGAAUUCUUGCAGUACCAAAGUGGAUUCUUGCAGCACCAUUGAUUGCAGUCACAUUGUGAUUCUGAGUUUAGAUGCCGCGCUGUGUGUAACCAGAUUUGAGAAUACAGAAAUUUUUUACUAGAUACGUAUUUGAAAUUGGUAAUUUCCCUGAUCAGGACAAGAAGAAAGGCAACUAUCAAGCACACCAGUGGCCCUCUGAUCCAGGAUGAUGCUGACAUCGUGAUUUUAGGACUUGAUGGAUUUUG